GCUCUUCUACCGCGUCUCUAUGGUAGAGCCGGCCUCCGAGGCGGCAGCGGCAUUGGUGGCUUCGGUGAGGAAAAGUGAGAGUUCUAACUUUCCUUUUGGCCUGAGAGGUUUCUGGCGCGGAGCGUCGUCAUGUCAGAGAAAAAGCAGCCGGUAGAUUUGGGUCUCUUGGAGGAGGACGACGAGUUCGAGGAGUUCCCUGCCGAAGACUGGGCUGGUUUAGAUGAAGAUGAAGAUGCACAUGUCUGGGAGGAUAAUUGGGAUGAUGACAAUGUAGAGGAUGACUUCUCCAAUCAGUUACGAGCUGAACUAGAGAAACAUGGUUAUAAGAUGGAGACCUCAUAGCAUCCAGAAGAAGUGUUGAAGCAACCUAAACUUGAACUGUUUACUAAAUUCUAGGACAGAGAACCCAGGAUGGGACACUUAAAAAAAAAAUGUUUAUUUCAUUACCUGCUUGGAUUUAUUUUUGUUUUUGUAACACAAAAAAUAAAUGUUUUGAUCUAAUCUUC